AUGAGCAGGGAUGUCCCCAAAUUGACAGCCAUGAUUGCAGCCUGCCCAACCAAAAAGGGGGUGGGACAGGCUGACUUUUAUCAGAGGUUUGUACAUAAUUUUUCAGACAUCACCAGCCUGCUGAGUGACCUCGCUAAAAAGGGAGCGCCAUAUCCAGUCCAGUGGAUGGAGCCACGCAAGCGGGCUUUCUGCCAGAAGCGUUCACAGGCAGCAGUAGAUGACAGUGAGAGGAUCUUUACUGAGCUGAUCAGCUCCAUGGAGAAAAAGCGCUCGGAGGUGAAGAAGCUGAUCAGAGCUCAGGAGGAAGCUGAACUGAGUCGAGCUGAACGACCCUUGAAGCAACUGGAGCAGGAGAUUGCUGAUCUUAAGAGGAGAGUCACUGAGCUGGAGCAGCUUUCACACACACACGAUCACAUCCACUUCCUCCAGAGUUUCCCGUCUCUCUGUGUUCCUCCUGGAUGUGAGGACUCACCCAGCAUCACUGUCAAUCAACAUCUCUCAUUUGAUGGAGUGAGGAAAUCUCUCUCAGAUCUGAAAAAACAAGUCAAGGAAAUCUGUGAGAAGGAAUUCAACAAAAUCCAUCCACAAGGUAAACAAGCAAAUAUUUGUUCUGCAUCACAGUAA